GUUAUUGUGUUUUUCAACCUAUAAUGUUUCUUUGUAUAAGCAAAAUGUAUCAAUCUAUUUUAUUUCAAUUGCUUUGCGCAAUUGCUUCCUAGCAUAGUGAAUAAGCUUCGCAUUAUUGCUGCUGCAAGUCUCACACAAAAGUCAAAAAGUUCUUCUGACACCAUUACACACUAAACUUAGAAAAUGAAAAGAUAGAAAUAAUUUAUGUUUAUAUUUUUCUUUUCUAGCCUGUCCAGCACAAAGCUCAUUAAUAACUUUUGAUGAUAUAAUAACUACAACGAGUAUAUCAGGAAUUCCAGUACCAAGCGGCUAUAAUCGUUUAAAUUGGCAAAAUGUUCUGGUUGUGAAUGGUGUAAACUAUUUUACUCCUAAUACUGGCUAUACGACGGGUGUUGUUAGUCCUCCAUAUCUUGUCUUUAAUGGAUAUGGUAAUCCAAUGACUAUCACAAAUAUGGCUACCAGUACAUUUACAAUAAAUUCAUUUUAUUCAUGCGCAGCUUGGCAUGAUAACACUGUAUUGACAAUGAUCGGUACAAGAUCAGGCACCGUUUUAUUAAAAUCAAAACAAAAUAUUACUCGACGAACUGGUUAG